AUGAGCGCUCCAUACCUUAACGGUCAACAAUCCCAAGACGUGCCAAACGACUCCGAUGGUUCCGUGCAGAAACGUCAGCGAGUCUUGGCAUGUACUUACUGCCAACAACGCAAGAUUAAAUGCAACCGUAUAUUUCCUUGUUCCAACUGCAUCAAGGCUAACUUGAUAUGCACACCGUCAAAACCGACCCCAGUACGCAAAAGAAGAACGCCAAAUGUCCUGCUACAAGAAAGAAUAAAAAAGGUCGAAGCCUUGUUGGAGCAGUACACACUUCAGGGCUCUCCCGCUGAACCUACAUCUGCAAAUACGAAUGAUUCCCUAGAUUUCUCUCCCACGGCGUCUCCAGCCGCAUCAAAUGGGUUCUCAAUCCCCGUUUCAUCCGGCCCUGGGAGACUCGUGGUCAAAAAUGGUGGCUACAAGUUUUUGGAUAGUAAGCUCUGGGGAACCAUCCACGAUAACCUAGAGGAGAUGCGCCAUAUCCUCGACCAGGAGACCUCAGACGACGAAACAUGCCCUUCACGAGCAUCACCCGUUACACACGAAGACGAUGACUUGCUUUUGGCUACGGCUACAUCUUCAAAGCUCGGGGAUCAUCUUCCACUGCCAUUCCAGAUCCUUCGAUUGUGGCAAAUCUUUCUCAACAGAGUCAAUCCUCUGAGCAAGAUGGUACACGGCCCUAGCACAGAACAGCUCAUCAUAAGUGCAAUGACGAACCCUGUGGAGAUGCCACAUAAGUCCAGAGCGUUACUCUUCUCCAUCUGCCUCGUUUCCGUCGUCAGUCUUUCGAAAGAGGAAGCCAAGUCUACUCUGAAUCUUCAUAAACAUGAAGCCAUUCGGCGAUUCACUGAUGGUCUGAAAACAGCACUCAACAAAGUCAAUUAUCUCAGGAAUUAUGAUAUGCCUGUACUGCAAGCAUUGCUACUUUACUUGAUAUCCUUGCAAGGACGCAGCAAUCACGAUGCGGUCUGGGUUCUAAGUGGUGCAGUCAUCAGGAUCGCCCAUAAAAUGGGCGUCCAUCGUGAUGGCGAAAAUCUCGGACUAAGCCCUUUCGAAACCGAAAUCCGUCGUCGUGUAUGGUGGCAGAUUGUAGCUCUUGACUCGAUGUAUGCGGCAACAUCCGGGAUGAGGCCAACAUCGCUCCUCCAUGGGGCUGAUACCAAGAAGCCCCAAAACGUCAACGAUAUUGAUUUCUCCCCCGACUCGAAAGUGAUACAGUCACAAGAAGGUCCUACGGAAAUGGCAUUCGUUAUGGUUAUUUACGAAGUCAUUAGCUUCAUUUCGGACCAUCACAUGUGCGAAUUUGAACAAUUGCUUUUUGGAGGCCUGGGUACUGAACCAGGCAGUCCAGAGGACGAAACCUACCAGGCUUCGGUACAGGAAUUACGAGGCCUAGUAGACGAGUUUGAUAACAGGCUAAGCGAAGUUGAGAAGAAGUACUGUGAUCGUUCUGGAGGGCCGAUUCAUUCUCUGGCACUGUUUCUUCGCCCUCACAUCAUGGAGGAAGGCCGAGUAAUGUCUACACCAGUUUCGGAGACCCCGGAAUGGGCCACUGAGCUUCAGAACCCCAAAGACAACUUCUUCCGUAUCUGGCUCGCUCACAACGAGGGUGCUAUCAAGAUGUACGAGAUGGCCAGCCAGGGAAACUUUCUUUGGGCCUUCAAAACGCAUUUCCAUCUUGAUUCCCUUGUGUUUUUGGCUGGCCAACUCAUGGAGCGCUCGCCAAUCGGCCCUUUCGCCGAGCGUACGUGGCAACUGUUUGACAAUUUCUAUCGUUAUCAUGAGGAGUUGUGGGAUGUUGCUCAUAAGCCGCAUCUUCAGUUAGCUAGGCUUCUGCUCAAGUCUUGGGAAAUUCGCGAACAAGAACUUCAGAAGCUUGAUCUUCCUUUCGAUGUUCCUAUCUUCGUACCCAAGUUGAAGGUAGAAUUGUUGCAGGCUGGACUAUUCCGGACAAGUCAUAAUACCCCAAUAGCAACGCAGCAUUUGAACGGGAAUGAUCAGGGAAGCUACAUUGAUAAUCUGCAGUUUGGUGACAAUAUCACAGCUGACAUGAUGCAAAAUCCGGGGAUGCCUUUGGACUGGUCCAUGAUGGAUGAUCAACAAAUGAUGGACGCGCAAAACCCAGCCCUUCCUGUCUUUGCCUUUUUCAACAGCGCCAACGGCUGGUGA